UAGGAUACUAACUGAGGUUACGACAUCGUAGGUGUCACUAGCCUUUGUGAUUACAAGAAAGAAUGCAGGAGCUGGUGUCCUUUUAGCUCUGUAUCCAAGGUAGCUUAUAAGCCAUAUGUCCUAUUUAUCUGUUUUAUAAAAGAAAUGGCAUUUUUGAAUUUGCUUUGACUGGAACUUUAUCCCUCCUACCUUUCAUUAGCACUUGUUCCCUGUGGAGGAAAAAGAGGUGGUAACCACCUGCCCAGGGAAAUAGGUUGGGUUUGUGAAGGAUGUGUUUCUCUUUGUAAAGAGUCAUUUCUUAAUUGUCUAAGUAUUAACUACUCUAGAAUUAAUUACUGCUCUCCAUUUAACAAUUUGAGCCAUAAGUUAUUGAAAAGAAUAUUCAAGGCUGGGCACAAUUGUGCAAGCCUGUUAUAGCUACCCUGGAGGCCUAGUUAGGGAAGGUGAUUCUUGGCCAACAGUACAAAAGUUAGAUCCCACUCCAAACACACAAGCCUGUCAUGAAGCUACUAAGGAUUUAAUAGGAUAAGUACAAUGAUUUUGCAUUUUGUUCAGCUACAUUCACACUCCUUUAUCAUCUAACUACAAAUGUGCAAAGCGUUGUAGUAGACAUAUUAGGAGAUGGUGAAAUGAAUAAGAUAGUUUUCUUUUUCCCAGAGGGUCAUAACUAAGGAGGCACAUGACCUUGUUGUAAUGUCUAUGUGUGCAAUUCUAGCAGUAAAAUACAGGUAAAAUGAUGGAAUCGCAAGGAAAAAGUGUGGGUUUUUAGCUUAUCCUUAAAGGAUUACUGAAAAUUUUGUCAGGUAGUUGGUGGCUAUUCUAGAUAGUAAAUAACCUUGAGGAAGAGGAAAUACAGUGUUUUGGGAGUUUCUAUAGUUUGGAUCUGGAAUGUUCCCUGGAAGCCUAUAUGUUCAAGGCUUGUACUCAUCCUAUAGUGAUAAUAAGAUAUAGUGGAACUUCUAACAGGAAGUUUUCAGGUUAUUUGCUUCCUGGUGUGAGGUGAGCAGUUUUGCCUUGCUGUUUGUUGCUGUCAUGAUGUACUACUCUCCAGAAAUCUACAAGUGAUGGGGCCAUUACAUUAUGGACGUAGAACUCUUAACACUGAGCACCAAAAUUAAUCUUUGAUUUUUACAAGUUGCUUAUCUCAAGUCUUUACUACAGUAGGGGAAGCUUGGAAUCUAGUCAACUAUGAGAGAAACCAUGGUAUUUCUUUCCCCAGUGAGAUAAUUGUAAACAGGUAUGCCCUGGUCAUGAUGAUACAGACUCUUAUCACUAGAUUAGAAAAUAUCACUGUGAGUAACAGGUGAAUUCAGUUUCAUUUUAGUAUUCAAUCCUUCUGGAUCAUAUGCUCUCUGAUUAUACUUGUCUUCAGUGAGGAAGAAAUAAUUUACAAUGUGAAGAUUUUCCAGAAGGGGCUUUGAAUAAAAGAAGACAUUUUGGAUUGACAAGUAUUUUCAUCUGUAAUGAAGACAAUUGAGAAAUAGAAGAUUGAGUAACUAACGCCUUGCAACACUGGAACUGGAUUAGAGAUUUAGAAAAAUUAAAGUAUUUCCUUCAGUAUUCUAAUUUCAUAAUAUUCAGUUUUCUAAAUAGAUUUAGGUAAUCAAAAUUAGAAUUCAGUGCUAUACCAAUAAUUGCACUAACACUUUUUCUGGCAUUUUUUUUUAUUUUUUGUAAGAAGAGGGAAGAUAGCUGGGAAGCCAAGGGUUAUAGUCAUUCAUAAUGAAAUACACAAAAUGCAAUUUUAUGAUGUCAGUUCUUGGCAUUAUAAUUUAUAUAACUGAUUUAAUUGUGGACAUCUGCGUAUCUGUUAGGUUUUUCCAUGAAGGACAAUAUGUUUCUGGUGUCUUAAUAUUAAGCUUCAUGCUUUUUGGAACUCUUGUGGUCCAGUGUUUUAGUUAUACUUGGUUUAAGGAUGAUUUAAAAACAGCAGACCAAGAAAGUCAACAUUGUUUUCUUCUACUUCAUUGCCUGCAAGGAGGACUUUUUACAAGGUACUGGUUUGUUUUAAAAAGGGGUUACCAGGUGGCUUUCAAAUAUGACAGCAAUACUCAUAACUACACUGAAGAGCAAAGUGAUCGACAUGAAGUGAUUGAUAGAGUGACUGAUCUGAGCAUGCUCAGGCUAUUUGAGACCUACCUGGAAGGUUGUCCUCAACUUAUACUUCAGCUCUACAUCUUUUUGGAACAUGGUGAAUUGAAUUUCAUUCAGUCUGCAGCCAUCGUGGUUUCUUGCUGUGCUAUUUCUGUGGCAACGGUUGAUUUUCAAAUAGCUUUAAGAAAAUCUUUGCCUGAUAAGAAUCUUCUCAAUGGAGCCUGCCCCAGGAUCACAUAUCUGCUUUACAAGUUUCUUACUUUAGCGUCUUGGAUGCUCAGUGUUGUACUUCUACUGUUUGUUAAUGUUACCAUGACUUUAUGUCUUUUGUUAUUUCUUUGGCUCAUAGGUUUAAUAUGGGCAAUUAAAAAUCAAACUCAAUUUUGUAAUUCUAGAGGUAUGGAAUUCUUAUAUAGGGUGGUUGUUGGAUUCAUUUUUGUUUUUACAUUUUUUAAUAUUAAGGGACAGCAUACCAGAUGUCCAAUGUCUUCUUAUUAUAGCAUAAGAGUACUGGCCACGUUGGGGAUAUUGUUUGUGUUCUGGACUUACCCACUCUCUAUUUUUAGCUCAGACUAUUUUAUACCUAUCAGUGCUUUUAUAGUUCUUACUCUUCCUUUUGGAAUCAUUUUUCUAAUUGCUUAUUAUGGGAAUUGUCACCCAAACAUAAAUGAUGAUACAAAAGAUGAUGAAAUUGAUGGAAAAUCUGUUCAAAGAUACUGUAGAAUGAGGUAUUUUCUAAUGGAAUAA